CAAUAAAUGAAUGCGUUUUCAAAACACUUUGAAUUGAAUUUUGAUUGAAAAAUACUAAUUGUAUUGAAAGACACGAAACAGUCGUCCAAAUGAGUGUCAAUUCGCCGUCAAAUCUAAAGAGUCGUCUUCGAGUGGUUCCGAUCGACGAGUGGUCGACGCGAGAGAAGUUAUGUCUGGCGUCGAGUGUACUCAAGAGCGGCGAUCAGAACUGGAGUUCAGUGAGUCGUCCGCUGAAGUCCUUCUGCGAACCCAACCGUCCGUCCGAUUGGUUUCACCAGAAAUACUGUGCGAUUCAAUACCACGACUUACUCGAGAAGAUUGAGACCGAAACGCCUAAGCGAAAACGCAGCGAAAGAGGCGAAGAAACGCCGCAAACAAUAAUCGUUAGGAAUUUAACGAAACAACGGAUCGAAGAGUUGAGAAAUAAGACACAAAUGGAAAGAGAGAUGAUUAUGAAAGUGAAACACGAUUUGCAGGCCUUAAGAGACAAACAGAUGAGCGAUAAGAGAAUCCAAGAGCUCUGUCUCGAGAUUAAGGACAAGGAGUUGAAAGACAAGGAAAGAGAAGUCGAGCACAAGAAGUGGUUGGAGGAGAGGAAUGUGAAGAUCUCGCAAAUGACCAGAAAAGGCACGUUUCCCACACGACCGAAGCCGUCGGCGCUGACAACGCCGGCCACCACUGCGACCACCGCUUCCAACACAACGGUCACCGAAACGGCGGCUAAAUCUCCACUCAAUGAACCGCUCAAAGUGGAGGUCGAAAGCGAUGGAAACGCCACUCAAACGGUUGCACAACAACCGAUCGUUGAGAAGUCAGCGCCGGUCACACCCUCUCCUUCAACGUCACCACUGCUCACGUCUUUACUCCAGAGUCCGACGCCUUCCACUCCAACCCUUUUGUCGCCAACAAAGAGUGGUUUAUCUGUCAAUCCGUUUGCCCGACAAAAAAGUCCAAUGACUCCCGUCUCAAGACGUCCGUCAAUACAUUUGAAUGAAAAGACCACAGAAUCGCCGCUUAAGAUCUCAGACAAGACUGAAUCCACUGUCAGUAACACGAAUGCCGUCAAACCUGAAGUGAGGACCGAAACGAGUGGACAGAACGACCCGAAACCUGCCGUUGAAUCUAAACUCUCGAAACUUCUGGAAUCGCCGACUCUUUCCAAACCAAAAACUACGGCAAUAUCUGAGGCGAAAGCAGUGGAAGCGAAGACACCAUUGAUUUCUGCGAAUAAGGAAUCGAAACAAACGACUGAAAAAUCGGACCAAAUAAGCACUCCAUUGACCACUUCUGAUGACAAACGGGUCACGACUUCGAAGAAUAAGACUAAAGAAUCGAAGAAAGAGCCCGAAAAAGGAGAGGAAGUUCACAAAAAGGACGAAUCAAAUGAGAGAUCGCUUAGAAGUAAAGACAAAACGGAUGAAUCGAAAGCCGAUAAGGUUUCGACUGAGAAAACUGAAGAGAAAGAAACCGACAAAUCUGUUGACAAGAAAACAGAAGAGUCGGUUGAAAAGACACCGAUUAAAGAGGAAGUGAUGGACACGACAUCUGCCGAAGAAUCGCAACCAAAAGAAAGCGAUAAACCUGUUGUCAAAGAAGAGCUAACGGAUGCCACUUCGAGUUCAGCGGCGGACGAAUCCAAUCAGAAGACGCCAUUGACUCGAACUAAUAAGAGGACACGAAAAUCGGUGACUCCACUGACUAUUACGCCAACAAUUACUCGAAGAUCGAGACGAGUGGCCCUUAAAGACACGAAAUCAACUAAUGAUGACUCGACAGAAGUGAGCGAUCAGUCGGCGGCCAAUACUCCGCAAGCGGUUAAAAAGCGUGGAUCUGUUGACGACACCACUGAGACAUCGAUGAGCGAAGAGUCGAUGGACGCGAAGAUACCGGCGACCGCUUCUCCCAACGAAACGGUUCCCAAUAGUCCGGCUUCGGUCAAAACGGAAGACUUGAAGGAUAACGACUCUAAAGAAUAUAAGACUUGGAAGAAGGCAGUGAUGAGCUCAACCAACGAAUCCAAACUACGAGCGCGCGAUCGCAGAAGCAAUGCGCCCGCCAUACCAUCGCCAGCAGUGGUUCCUGACAAUAAUGAGAUGUCUAUUCGCCGCAAAAGCAGAGGCGCCUCCACUGACACCGAUUCCAACGCAUCGAGUCUUACGAAAUCUGUGACCAAAAAGAAGAAGACAUAAAACAAAUGACUUGAAGUGUUGUCUUCACACCAAUUGAUUCCGU